GAGGGUAUCGGCGUUGCAUAGCCUACACAUUUCAUUGAACAAUUCGGUCUCCACUCUGUCAAACAGCCUGAGCCUAGCCUGUGAAUGAUCAUUGUGAACAUCGUUAAAUUCGGUGCCUCGUUAGUUGUGAUACACACAUACGGUUAUGCGUAAAUGAUAAAGAUGAAUCCGGCAUUUGCAGUCAUUUUGGUUUUCGCUGGGUGCUGCAGUAACGUGGUAUUUUUGGAACUUUUAGUAAGGGAUUUUCCAGGAUGUGGAAACAUUGUCACCUUCGCUCAGUUUGCAUUCAUUGCCCUCGAAGGGUUCAUAUUCGAAACGAAUUUUGGGAGAAAGAAACCUGCUAUUCCUAUGAGUAAUUAUGUCAUCAUGGUGACCAUGUUCUUCACUGUCAGCGUCAUUAAUAAUUACGCUCUCAACUUCAACAUUGCCAUGCCCCUUCACAUGAUUUUCAGAUCUGGCUCUUUGAUAGCCAACAUGAUUCUUGGUAUCAUAAUUCUGAAAAAAAGAUACACAGCAAGUAAAUACGUUUCAAUUAUUCUGGUGUCAGUUGGAAUCUUCAUCUGUACCAUCAUGUCUGCUAGACAAGUGAAUGUAGAGAAGGGCACAGAAGAGGAAAGUGUGUAUGCCUUUAUGUGGUGGCUUUUGGGCAUUGCUAUGUUGACCUUUGCCUUGCUCAUGUCUGCUCGGAUGGGAAUCUUCCAGGAGACACUGUAUAAGCAGUAUGGGAAGCACUCCAAAGAGGCCCUUUUCUAUAAUCAUUGCCUUCCAUUACCAGGAUUCUUGCUCUUAUCUACAGACAUCUACAACCAUUGUUUACUCUUCAAUCAAAGUGCUCCUGUGGAGGUCCCCUUGAUUGGACAAGCUGUUCCAGUGAUGUGGUUGUAUCUGCUGAUGAAUGUCAUAACUCAAUAUGUGUGCAUACGGGGAGUGUUCAUCCUGACCACAGAGUGUACCUCACUCACAGUCACACUGGUGGUAACACUACGGAAGUUCGUCAGUCUCAUCAUCUCAAUCUUGUACUUCCGGAACCCCUUCACUGCCUGGCACUGGGUUGGCACAGCGGUGGUGUUCCUGGGUACACUCCUCUACACAGAAGUACUGACCAAUGUCUGGACUGCCCUCAGAAGCGAGAAACCACCAAAGAAAGCAGACUAAUUGAUAGAUGGGUACCCCUCCGCUAAAAUAGUGUUUUGACUCCACCCCUGGAUCAUCUGGAUGGAUGUUAAUGAUUGACUGUUUUCGGGCAACAAAAAAGAUUUUCUGUGCCAUGUCCUAGUAACAUUUGUCUGUCAUGGAAGUCUUUGAUUGUGGUUUAAAGGGUAAUGCUUGCUCUCUGUAAUUCGAUCUAAUGACAGUACUUUACAAACAUAUAAACAUACUUUCAUUGUCUCAGUAACGGUACUAAAAUGGAAAUUUGCCAGGGGGAAAAUUAAGAACACAGAUUUGCUGAUGGUGUACAUUGGUGGCAUGAUUUAACUAAACAUCUGUCUUAAAUGAGAAUGGAAAGAUGUUUAUUAGAUAGCUAUGCCAUUUCUAAGAAGUUGAACUUCUGUGCUGCUGAAUGGUGUUGAAUAUUUCAAACUCUGGGACUGGUCUUAUUUUUAGUUUAAAGUAGCAUUCAUGUCUCUUUAUCUAUAUGUUUAAUACAAUGUCUUAAAAAGACGGUUUAAGCUUAAGUCAGACACCAAACUAGGAGGUGCAACAUUACUGUAGUAUAUGUGAAAAUACAGAUUUGUGGAACAUAGUUUUCAUGUAUGACACUGGUAACCAUGUACAGUAAGCAACUCCUUAGUUGUUCAUGCUGUGUGAUUUUUACAAUUUAGUUGUAAGAUAUUGUUUGUGUGAAGUCGUUAUCUAGCACUCCAUUACUUAGAUAAGAUCGAAUGUACAAAUGCAGCGAAGACUCAUCUUGAUAUGUAGGUUUUUUAUUGUAUGUCCCGCAGUCUUUGUACACCUAUUCAUAAGCCAUUGUUUUAUGCAUAUGCAAUCAUAAUUUUUCAAGCCAAAAGAAAGACAGAAUAGUUCAAAGUCAUGUCAUAUAUCUGGAUUCAAUCUAGACAUCUGUAGAUGGGAAAGAACUAUUUGUGCCAUUUCUUGUAUCCACAAUAUCAAUAGUUACAUUCUGCCAGUGUAGGAUCUGGAGGAUUUGCUUCUCCCCCCUGAAAUACACUUUUUAAAUGAUA